CCCAAUUUCCUUGUCAAUGGGAAUGAGAGUGAGUGUGAUCCGGGCGCUGUGUCCACGCUCUCUCUGCGUUACCCGCCGCUGCCGGGCACUUCCAGCUAAUUCAUCAUGGAUGGGGAGCGAGGCGAUCGUUACUGUGCAGAAAGAUAAUAACCCGGAGUAAGGCCGGCCUUGCAUGGGGGAGAGGCAGCCAUGGACACGCAGGCUGCCGGGGGAAUCCCACAGCCCUCCCAGUGCAUCCAUGUGCAGCUACAGGGGGGUGCACCCUGGGGAUUUACUCUCAAAGGGGGCCUGGAGCACGGGGAACCUCUGAUCAUCUCCAAGAUUGAAGAUGGAGGCAAAGCAGCCAAGUGUGAGAAGAUGGAAGUGGGUGAUGAACUGGUGAACAUUAAUGGCACUCCCUUAUAUGGCUCUCGGCAAGAAGCUUUGAUCUUGAUCAAGGGUUCCUACAAGAUUCUCAAAAUGAUUGUUAGGAGGAGGAACAUUUCAGUUGUUAGACCACACUCAUGGCAUCUUGCCAAGCUUUCCGAGGUCCGCCCGGAUGUGGCAAGCAUGCAGUAUCCUGCCGAUUCUUUCAGCAUGUCCUGGCACUCUGGCUGUGAAACCAGUGAGCUCCCCAUGCAGUGGAAUCCUCUGUCAAGACACUGUAGCACAGACAAAAGCAGCUCUAUUGGUAGUAUGGAAAGUCUUGACCAGCCUGGACAAAAUUACUAUGAAGGAACCCUUUCUCCUGUUGAUCCAGGCAUGUACCAAAACAAAAGAGACUCUGCUUACAGUUCAUUCUCUGCAAGCUCCAAUACCUCUGAUUAUACUGUAUCUGCAAGAAUAGAUCAGUCAUCUCCUGUUAACUGUAUUCUGGGCUCAGGCAAACAAGAUGAUGGUCGGUACCUCCAAACAGGGCAAAGUGCUGUAGAUCAACAGGAGGAUGUUUCUAUGCAGACAUUAGUUGAACAUCCACAGCGACUUUCCUCAUUUCCUUUUGAAACAAACCAUUUGGACAUUAUAAAAUCUGCACCUCAACCACCUGUACGUAGGGAUAGUCUGCAUGCUUCCAAAAAUCAGCUGUGCCAUAGUGAGAGGAGGAGAGCAUCUGCUCCAGGAGAUACCUUCCAUAUAUCUGGAAGGGGGUCAUCAGAAGCUCUUCAACUUAACAAUACUGAACGUGGCCAGUGUCCGUGUGCAAGGGGACAUUGUACUUUACAUCUGAAAGAAAACUUGUCACCUGAUCAAUAUUACAUGUUAAGCUCACAGACUGACCAGAUCCACCAAAGCACUAACCAGUCUAUCAUGGGUGAUGAGGACCAAUUCAGCCAUUGUACGCAAGUAAAAAGCAGGUGGCCUGUAGCUGAUGGGGACAUUGGUGUCGCUAAUCCCCGUGAUCUAGAUGAGGUCACCUGUUACACUGUUCAAAAGGUCAAGGAAACUUUUAAAAAGUCAUUAUGUGAUGUUCAAAAGGCUCCACUUAAUCAUUCUUAUCAAAUAGAAACAACCAGUGGGAAGUCUGUUUUUAGAAACGAGCUGGAAAUUGCUUCAUCUGCAGGCUCCCACUAUCCCACAGAUAAGUGCAAUGAUGAAAAUGGAAAAGAUAAUAAGUGUCGUAUUAGCAAACAUUUUGAAACUUCUCAGUCUAACAAACAGCAGAAUAUUGAACGUCUUUCCCAAACUAAUGUUGGAAUAAUACCAGUCCAUCAUUGUCCUUCAUUAGAUAGGUUGAAUAGUGGGCAAUAUGAGGUGAGAGAAGCUCCAUGUUCACAACCAAGUGAAUGUUCAGGAGGCCUGGGGUCAUCCUGUAGCACAGAGACACUGUUAGAAGAGAGAGCUGGGUCAGAAAUAAAUGUAGGUCCAACAAAAAAGUCUGGUUCGACACGUCACCGCUCAGCUCAGAUGCGGAGAAAAAGCGACCGCUUUGCUACCAACCUCAGAAAUGAAAUACAGAGAAGAAAAGCUCAGUUGCAGAAGAAGAAAGGUUCCUCAAUUCUGCUUUGUGGAGAGGAGCCUGUUGAGGAGAAAGAAGAAGAACCUGUUGAUUGUCAGUCUCGGCAAGGUCCUCCUCCGCCUCCACCUCCUAAAAACAAAGCACGGCUGUUAGAAAUCAAGAGAGCCAAUGCUGAACGAUGCACUAACCCUACAGACUGUUCAAACCAGGCAAUAAAGGGAAGCAAAUUAAUUGAAAAAAAUAAUGGAGAUUCUAAUUACAAAAGGGAGGAAAUAAUCCAAUGUAUGAAGGAGACCAGUCAAGAAGAUGAAAAAGAAAUAACAUUAAAAUAUAGAAACAAAACUCAAGUUGAUUGUUGGAAGAUAAACACUUCAGACAUUAAUCACCAAGAAUCGCUAGCCUAUGAAGCAAAUCAAGUUGGUGUUCAAAAGGAGACGGAAUUGGCUUUUGGUCACUCUAAAAGGGAUACUAAACUAUCUGAAAACACGGUAUCCAAACCAGAAACCUGCAGGAAUGAGUGGAGGAUUUCUUCAUUUGGUGAACCCAGUAGUCCAGAAAUGGGGGUAAGCGAAACAGAAAAGGAGUCGAAGAGUCUAAAAUGCCUUGAAGAACAAAGGGAAUUGUCAGGCCCGGAUGCAAAACUUUCCAGUGACGAUUGGAGUACAGAUUUAUCCCAAAACACAUGUAACAUUGAAUCUCCAACUGAAGGUCUUGGGAAAAACAGAUUAGAUUAUACCAACUACAGUUCAAAUUAUCCUCCUUCUGGCUCAGAUGUUAAGUGGAAUGGUUUGCAGUUUAGCAGAGAGCAACCUGUUGCAGAGCAGUUUCCUAGUGUAAAAUGGAAAUUAAAUUACCUGGAGAAUGAAGGUCAAGAGAAAGUUCAAGAACUAAGGCCAAAUGAAAUGGCAAAAUCGGAUGUUUUUCCUUCUGUAAGUGCAAUGCAGCAUAAGCCUUCCCAUCAACUUUCAGAUUUUGAAAAUCUAAAUUCUCAGCAUAAGCCUCCUGGUGCCAAAUUGACAUGGUCUCCAGAGCAUAAACUUCAGCCUUAUUUGGCAGGAAGUGGGCCAUCAGAAGUCAGUGGAAUGAAUAUAGGAGGAGUAGCUCCAUCAAUAACACGUGUGACAGAAGAAAAUGUUCUCAUGCCAUUUGCAGAUCGAAGGAGGUUUUUUGAAGAUACUAGUAAAGAUCCGUCAUCUUCCCAAGUGUCUGUGCACAGUAAAGCAUAUAAAAACAAUGUUUGUCCAAAUUUUCCAGACUACCCUCUACCUCCGGCUGUGCUUCCAGACCAAAGAAGGCAUUCUGUAGAUCAUACAUAUCAUCAUGCAUCUUCUCCCAGCAGGCAGGAAAGUGGUUUGCCUUUUUCUGAUUACUGUAUGAAUCAUGCAAUAGACCCAUCACUGUGUUGCAAUCAAGGUAGCCAUUCUUCGGAUUAUCAUCACUCUAUGGCAUAUGGAUGUAGAGCAUGUAUGGUUUGUUGUAAUGACUUAUGCCCAACAUUCCUCAAAAGAAAUAUACCUUUGACUCAUCACAGCUGCCACUGCCAACACCACCAUCACCACCAUCAUCAGUGUACAAGAUGUAGUGAUUACUUGUGUCCUUCCCAAAAUAACCUAAUUGAUGAGGGUACCUCCAUACAUAGUGACCCAUGGCAUUUGAGGAAAAUUCUGCCACAGGAUGUACCAUUGAAGAAAUUAAACCAGCAGCUGAAAAUCAACAGGAAGUACAGCCAGUCUGUAAGUGAAUUAUGUCCUUAUAAUUAUAAUUUUGGGUUUCAUCACACUGGCCCGUUCAGAUCAUGUGGAGAGGUUAAUGAUCAAGAGUGGCCUCCAUGUUACAAGGCAGCAUCUACCUAUGAUCUCUCCUGUGACCAUCCGCUCAGGCCGGUAGAUUUGGCAUCAUUCCAGGAAGCACCCCCAGAACCAGGUUUACCACGAGGUAGAGCUUACUCUGUAAGUCAGCUUAACUUGGAGUUUCUUGCUUUACGAGACAGGCGAGAACCUCCUAUGGCUAAACUAGAGGAAAAAGAGGCACAUGCACCACCAAAGAAAAAAGGGCCUCCUCGCCCACCACCUCCUAACUGGGAAAAGUGGAGAGAGAGACGGACAUUUCAUCAAGCUACAAAGUCUGGAUUCAACUGUUAUAAAGAGAAAUCUGAGCCAGGACAUAGCAUACUUGUGGAGGAAGCUAGACAGCGUUCUCAAAGUCUUCCCAUGGAGAGAACAUUUUUAAAUGUAGCACAUAAUUCUCCUUCCCCUGUGUAUGGAAAUGAUCUUAGCACAGAAUUGUCUGAGAUGAGGUGCGGUUCACAAGGGUCUCGCAGUGUUUUUUCCUCUGCUUCGCCAAGCCAGGACACCUCAGUUGACUGUCGGAGGUCUCCCAGAGACACUUAUCCUGCAAGGAAACUGUCGCACACGUUGCCUACUGGCAGUGUAACCUGUUCUGAGGCAGCUGUCCCUGUGGACCAUGCAUUCUACUCACAGGCUCCCAUUAUUGAAUCAUUGCCUGCAGAUAACCAUGAACAGGAGCACCCUCCUGCCUUGAUAGACAUUUUUGAAAGUGGAUACCGGCAUUAUGAAGAUGAUUGGUCAACGGACAGAGAGUCUGAGAUCUCUAUUCCAGAAAGAUAUGAAUUCCAGCCUAUCUCCCCCCCACCAGCGUGUGGAGCUGUUAGUCCCACUUCCUGCGCCACUUAUUACAAUACAUCUGCGGCCAAGGCUGAGCUGCUGAACAAGAUGAAGGAAAUGCCUGGCGUGCAGGAGGAAUUGGGAAGCACACCGGGAGCAGAUGAGGAAGACUAUGAGUUAACUUUUAAGAAGAUGCAACUAAUAGAAAGCAUUAGCAAGAAGCUUUCUGUCCUUCAUGAGGCCCAGGAAGGUCUUCAAGAGGACAUAAAUGCUAAUGCGACCCUUGGUAGUGAGUUGGAGAACCUGCUCAAGAACCUUUGUAAACCCAACGAGUAUGAUAAGUUCCGAACCUUCAUUGGGGACCUGGACAAGGUGGUCAACUUGCUGUUGUCGCUCUCUGGACGGCUGAGCAGGGUGGAGAGUGCCUUGAGUAGUGAAGACUCGGAACCCUGCAUGGAAGAGAAGCUGAGCCUUCUGGAGAAGAAGAAACAACUGACUGACCAGUUGGAGGAUGCUAAGGAAUUAAAGGCUCAUGUAACCUGGAGAGAGCAGGUGGUUCUAGAAGCAGUGUCCAAGUACUUAAACGAAGAGCAGCUCCAGGACUACCACUACUAUGUGAAGAUGACUUCAGCCCUCAUUGUAGAACAGCGAGAGCUGGAAGAUAAAAUCAAAUUGGGAGAAGAACAAUUGAGGUGUCUUCGAGAGAGUCUCUAAUUUAACUAGAGGCCAAAGCUAGUUUCUAAUACUCACCAAAGAAAUCAUUGUGUAAAGAGACGCACCAUAGGGUAUAUUUGUCAGAUGCUGAUUUAUUAAUACAGAGACUUCUUUUGUAACAAAGCCAUCCAUAUAUAAAUGCAUCUCAUUCCUCUACAGGUUCUUGUAACUGGAAUUGUCCAUUGUGCUUGAUACAGUUGUUUGCAUUUAUCAGAAAGCUUGAGGUGGUUGAGCUGUGCUUUUUCAGUGAAUUUGUGCAUGCUGCGGAUUAAAUAUACAACUGGAUAUUCCUCAUAUAAACCUGUAUCUCAUUUACGGGAGUCUUCUCUGAUGUUAAAUCUGCGGAAUAUAAUACAACAAAAUGAGGGGCUUAAUUUUAUUUAUUUUUAAUUUAAAGAAAAAAACCUGGAAUAUCCUAAUCAGUACUUCUUAUUCUAAUCAAACCCAUGAGAAGUGCAUAAGUCCUAUUGGCAGCAGUAGAACCUCAAGUUCUAUUUUGGUCACAUUAUGGAUAUCUCAUAAAAUUGAGCAAUGCCUGUAUAUUAUAGACUGGGCUAGUAUUGGUAUUCACUCACCAGUGUCACAGCAAGCUCUGUUUUUGGCAUUUAAAUAAUGGGUAUGAGGAAUUUAGAAUUAAACACCACUGUUCCUUUUCUCCUGUUGGUGUAAUCCUGAGCAUAGCGCAGAAAGAAAUACAGAAGUUAUAUACCCUAUAAAUGUGCUGCAUACUGCAAACUGUUACCACCUCUGAAAGGAGGAUCUGUAAGUUCCUUAUUGUUUAGAUUUUCUUUUGCUCCUUAAUUUGCAGUGCACUCAUUUUGGUCCAGCAGAAUUUGGAGUGGUGGUGAAUAGUAGUUCUUGAGAUCUGAGUUUAAAGUUAUUUAUAUUAUAUAAUACAAUUAUUGAUUUUUAAUUUACUUGUAUCAAUGCUGACAUUGAGGGAAAAGGCAUGCAACAAUGAGUAUCACCUGAUGGUAAUUUUUGCCAGAUAACUGCUCUUUUGUAGUGUUUAAAACAAAAUAUUAUAUAUUUUUAGUAUUUUAUAUAGCUCUAUCUAAGAGCUUUGCCAACUGCUCCAAAUACUGUACUCAUUAGUUAUCUCCUCAUAUUGCUUGGUGGCAUCUAUUGUCUGAUAUAAUUACUCCUUAUAUGCCUCCUACUGUGCUAAAUAUAUGGCUCUAACUACUCCUUUGCUUUAUUACUUCUGUGUGACUUCAGAUAGGACAUAAGUUUAAUCAGCACAAAUCAUCCUCUUAUGGGGUUUACUGCUUUAUGAAUAGAUCCCAAAGUACCAACCGAUCAGCAGGCUGUGUUUUUUAAAUAAUGACAGGUGCUGUUUGGUUGGUACUUUGGUCUAUUCAUCUAUUCAUGAAGCAUUGAAAAGUGUGGAUAAACAGACCAGUGGAGAAGUUGCCCAUGGCAACGAAUCAGCAUCUCUCACAUUUUAUACUGUGUAAUGUACUUGAUAAAGGCUUCCUUUCACAGCCGAUUGGUUGCUACAUGCAACUUCUCCACUGGUCCUUUUCUCCACUGGUCCUUUUCUCCUCUCUUUUCACUGCUUCAUGAAUAGACCCCUUUGUCUCUCCACUUUAUAUCUCUCCAAUUUUUGAUACGUCUGGUUCUGGGGGUUCCUUACCCCCCAGUGGGACUGUAGCAAAUGGGGUUCAUAAUGACCCACCGUGGGCUACCUUCUCCACGCUACUGACUACGCUAGUUACCAAACUAACGCCCCCUAUGGGACCUCCUGUGUCGGUGCAACCGUUCAUGGUCCACGCGGUUAAUCAGCAGUGGGCAGAUCAAUUGUCCCCUCAGUUGCAGCAAUUGAACCAUUCCCUGAUUACUAAGAUUUCUAACCCUCGCCCACCUAAGACCAAGGGGUUCUCUAAGCGGGCCAUUACUUCCUCACAAUCCACUGCUGUCCCUGACACCUCGACAGAUGAGGAUGGCGUUUUUACUGACCCCACAGAUUCCGAUCCUGAUCCAUCUGAUGGGGAUGGCAUUUCACAAGAGGAUGUUCCUGAUUCACUGGAGGCUAUAAGGUCAAUUCUUUAGAUUACGGAUGACCCGGAGCUGUCCGUUCCUCCUAAGAAACUGGAUAGGUUUAAGCGUCAGAAGGUGGUUAAACAAGUUUUACCUCACUCUGAUCAUCUGGGAAAAUCCAGGAAAGAAGUUCACGCCUCACAAGAAGCUGCUUGCUCGCUAUCCCCUCGCGCCAGAGCUUACUAAAAAUUGAGAAAAAAACCUCUGCCAGUGGAAUCACAUGUGGUGAGGAUGGUCUCCUCAGCUCUACCUGUCACUACCGUCACGUCUCUAAAAGAGCCUACGGAUAAUCAUGUGGAGGGUUGUCUCAAAGCGAUUUUUACACCCUUGCGGGCGCUGCGCAUAGGCCCACUAUUGCAGCGACAUGGGCUGCAGAAGCUAUUGAAACGUGGGCCCAGGAGUUGGAAGCUGAAAUCUCUUCUAACCAUGCUAGACAAUGCUUGUAUAUUGUCACAGCUUCUCAUUAUAUUAAGGAGGCGGCUUCUGAUGUCGGUGUUCUGGCGGCCAAGGCUUCAACUUCGUCAGUUCUGGCUCGCCGGAUCUUGUGGCUGCGGUCCUGGUCUGUGGAUCUGUACUCUAGAAAAACCCUGGAGGCACUCCCUUUUAAGGGAAAUAUCCUUUUUGGAAAGGACUUAAAUAAGAUAGUGGCUGAUUUGGCGUCCGCUAAAACAGCCUGUCUACCAAGUACUGCUUCUUCUGUGCCGAAGGCUAAAAGUACUUCCUUUCGUCCCUUUCAUCCUUCAGGAAAAGCAAAAGGUCAGGCAUACCCCAAACAGGGUCACACUUCCAAACCUGGCAAGCCAAUGCUCAAACGAGCCUGGGCUGCCCAUCAGCCAUCACUGUGCUGGUGGCUCCAGGACCAACGGUUGUGCAGGGGUCGUCCCUUCUGGAUAUCCAACUGGGACCUGUUGAUGACGGAUGCCAGUCUGAGAGGUUGGGGCACAGUGUUGGAGCAACACUCCCUUCAGGGUCGGUGGACCAAGGAGGAGUCUCUCCUCCCAAUCAACAUUCUGGAAUUGCGGGCGGUCUUCAAUGCAUUGAACCUGACCCAGCAUUUAAUACAGAACCGACCUGUUCAGGUACAGUCGGACAACGCCACCACAGUAGCUUACAUAAAUCAUCAAGGCAGCACUCGAAGCCGCUUGGCAAUGAAGGAAGUAUCACGGAUUCUUCAAUGGGCAGAACGCCAUCUACCGGCCAUAUCGUCAAUUUUCAUUCUGGGGGUCCUGAAUUGGGAAGCAGACUUUCUCAGUCGUCAGGACGUACAUGCCGGAGAGUGGGGCCUCCAUCCAUAAGUGUUUCAACUCCUCGUGGAAAGGUGGGGCCUUCCAGACGUGGAUCUGAUGGCAUCUCGACACAAUCACAAGUUUCCAGUCUUCGGGGCAAGAACAAGGGAUCCUCAAGCAGUGUUCAUGGAUGCGCUGGCGGUUCCAUGGAACUUUCGGCUGCCGUGUGUGUUCCCUCUGGUGUUACUCCUGCCCAGGGUAAUUCGGACGUUCAAGCAGGAAGGAGGAAUCUUGCUUCUCAUAGCUCCAGAGUGGCCCAGACGGCACUGGUUCUCAGACCUCCAGGACCUCUCGCUAGAGUGUCCCCUUCUACUUCCACAACGACCAGACCUCCUCGUUCAGGGCCCCUGUGUCUACCAGGACUUGGCCCGGCUGGCUGUGACGGCAUGGCUCUUGAAGCUUCCGUCUUGAGGGCUAAAGGUUUUUCUGAGUCAUUCAAACUAUGCUGCGGGCCCGGAAACCGGCUUCUGCUCGGAUUUACCAUACGGUCUUUGUUUGGUGCGCAUCUAACGAUUAUGAUGCUUCCAGGUUUAGUACGGCCAAGCUUUUGGCUUUUCUUCAGCAGGGCCUGGACUUAUGCCUGUGGCUGGCUUCCCUCAAGGUUCAUAUUUCUCCUUGUCGGUUUGGUUCCAGAGAAAGAUUGCGACCUUACCUGAUGUACAUACCUUCACUCAGGGUGUGUUGCGAAUCCAACCUCCCUAUGUCCCGCCUGUGGCUCCUUGGGAUUUGUCGGUGGUUUUGAAGGCAUUACAAGAGUCUCCGUUUGAACCUCUUGAAUCAGCUGACCUUAAGUGGCUUUCCCUUAAGGUGGUGUUUCUGCGGGCUAUUGCCUCUGCUAGAAGAGUGUCGGAUUUGGGUGCCUUGUCUUGUAGUUCCCCAUAUCUGAUUUUUCACCGUGACCGGGCGGUUCUUCGGACUAUUAUUUACCUAAGGUGGUGUCUUUGUUCCACCUUAAUCAGGAGAUUGUGGUUCCGGCCAUUUUCUCUGCUGACUUGUCUCCCAAAGAGCGGUCUUUGGAUGUGGUACGGGCUCUCCGUAUCUAUGUGAAGAGGACUGCUUCCAUCAGGAAGUCUGAUUCUCUCUUUGUUCUGUUUGGUUUUCACAAACAUGGCUCACAAGCAGACCUUGGCCAGAUGGAUUAGAAUGGUGAUUGCACAUGCUUUUUUGAGGGCUGGUCUGUCCGCUCCUGCUCACAUUAAGGCUCAUUCUACUCUGUCCGUUGGACCUUCUUGGGCGGCCCGCCGUGGUGCGACCUUUGAAAAAUUGUGCAAGGCGUCUACGUGGUCCUCAGUGAACACGUUCAUAAGGUUCUAUGGCUUCGAUACUGCCGCUUCCCAGGAUGCUUCCUUUGGACGCCGGUUUCUUGUGCCCGCUACAGUGCGUCCCCUCCCAUAUGGAACUGCUUUAGGACAUCCCCAAUGUCUAUCCUUGUGGAGCCCAGUGUACCCCGCAGCACAAAACGAGAUUUAUGGUGAGAACUUACCUUUGUUAAAUCUCUUUCUGUGGGUACACUGGACUCCACAAGGCACCCACCCUGACGCACUUAGCUUCUUUGGGUUGGUAUGGCAUUAGCCACUGACACGUUCUCCUGUUGUGACACUGUGAUGUAUGUGGCUACUAACUGUUGUCGUCUCUGUUACCUGCUACUGCAUUGGGCUGGUUAACUAAAAACUGAGCUCCUGUGCAGGGAGGCGAGGUUAUAGAGGAGGCAUUGCUAUGCAUUCUGGGAACAGUCAAAGCAUUUGAGCCUGUUGGUGCUUCGGAUCAAGAUCCUUCUCUACUCCGCCAGUGUCUAUCCUUGUGGAGCCCAGUGUACCUUGCUGAACGAGAUUUAACAAAGGUAAGUUCUUACCAUAAAUCUCGUUUUUGACUUUAUUGACACUAAAUUUGUACUUUUUUAUUUUAUAAAGGGAAAUCUUUAAAGCUAAAAUAAUCGUAUUCUCCUCCUUUUAAUUAAAUUACUCCGUACCAAGCCAAAGAAACAAAUAUUCUGAAUUCAAACUAAAAUCAGGUCUUAUGUAUUUAUUUAUUUUUGCACAUUGUCGGUUUGAACCCUUUCACGGCUAUAGAGUGAUAUAUAUAUACAUUAUAUGCACUACAUUAAAUAUUAUCCAAAAUUAAGACUGUUGCAAUAUUAUGUAAUUGUUUAAGUCAUUCAGUAGUUGUAGCACUGAAUUGAGGAUUAGUGGUGAAUGAAUUGACAUUAAAAAAUGUCAGGAGGUAUAAUUAAAGUUGUAAAUAGUCGUAGAAGAAAAUGCUUCUGUCACAUUACUUAAAACUAUAUAUUUUUUUAAUUUUUAGACAAUUUCCACACACCAAAUAAUGUCCUUUGUAUGCAUCUAUAACACAUUCCAUUCCCAGUUAUUUUACAGUGGUUCAGUUGUUGGAUUUUUAUAAAUAAUGGAUUUAAUGCCAUACCAGGUAUGCAACGUCUAGAUAGUACAGUGACCUCAGUUUAUCUUUUGUAUUCGUAUGCAGCUGGAUAUCUGAGACAAGCUGUUGUCAUAAUAAGGCAUAUGACCAAGACAAGUUAAUAUGUAUUUUGUUACAAUGCAGUAGCAGAUGUGCCAUGUUUACUGUAUAGCGUUAUCGAGAAAGGGGUUGGUAAUUAUUUUUAAUCACUCGUUAUGCCACACUCAGUAAUAUCAGCAAAGGGAAUAAAAAUAUCCCUAAAUGUGACCCUGAUGCUCCAUGUCCAUUUGGCUACUUAAAUGGACCAGUACUGUAGUUUCCCUUCAAAAAAUAAAGAUCUGAUUGUCUUUAAAUUCAGAUUGCAUACAUCAUUUCCACUAAUGCUUCAGGUGAAAAGCUGGGAUAAAUCCUAUGUUUAACUGAGCACAAAUCAUUCUAAAAAUAACUACAGAUCAUUGAUUGUAGCAUAGCAAUCCAGCCUAGCACCCUGUCCCAUUAUCCAAGCGAGUUAAACAAUGUCAGAUACAGACCGACAUCUUACAAGGUAUGUAUUAUUGUCAUGAAUAAACAGAACUAAAAGAUUGAAGCUAUACAGACCUUAUUAGGAAAAGACACUUAUUAUGAAAUGAAAACUAUCCUACUGUGGUUCACAAUAAAUCUGUUUUUUGGCAAAAUCAUUGCUGACUGUAGCCCAAACUACUGCUUACUGCAGUAGUCCUCAGGUAUACAGUACAGAGACCGAUACAAUACAAGAAGUCCGAUACUAGGGAAGAAAAGUUCUAGUACUGUACAAUUUGUAAGAACUACACAGAGGUUAAACUUGAAAUAAAUGAGAACAAAAUGGAAGUUUCCUUUUUACAUGGCAGUAUCUAGCUUUGCAAAAUGUCAUGGUGACGUACAGUAACAAACAGAAGAGACUGCAGAACUACAUCAGGAAACACAUUUUUGGCUAGAAUUUUCUGCCGUGAAAGGGUUAUCAGUUUAUUGUCUGCUUUUAAACCUAAUUUGUAUAAUUUCAGCACAAAUAAAAAAUUAAGUAUAUAUUUUGUGUAAAUCUGUUCUAUUGUUUGUAUGGCAAAUGCAAUUUUUGUAGUGUUACUGCCAGGAGCAUGUCUCCUGUGUAUAUUAUGGGUGUCCCUUUCAAUUGCAUUAAUAUUAUCCUGAUAUGGGACACUCUCUGCACUAUGGUAAAUAUAAAAUAUUGGUGCUAAUCGAAA